AUGUUCGUGUUAUUCUUGGGUAUUGUUACUGUUAGUUUAGUAUCUGCCGUUCCAACAUACAGUUGGAAAACACGAGCUGAUGCUGCGGAUGCCGCCAGUACUGGUAAUAUGAGUGUUGGUAACACUAGUGGUAUGGGCAGUAGUGAUGUAUAUAAGCAAUUAGAUGCUCGUCUGCAGGUAAUCCUUAAUAAACUCAAUCCGAAAGAUCAACAAGAAUUAGAAUCAAUUAUUCAAGAUUUAAUUGCCCAAUAUACAAUUGACUUGCUCACAAUAAUAACACAAGAGUUGGGAAUUAGUGGAGUCGAUCCCAGCUCUUUAUCAUCCAGCAGUAGACGAAGAGGUUAUGCUGGUGCUAGUGAACGUCGAAAUAUUUUUAAUAAUGAUGGUGAUUUGAAAGAAAGAUUAUCGCAGCUUCGGCAGCUUGCUGAUGAGCGUCGUCGUAAUUUCAAUAAUGAUGGUGAUUUGAAAGAAAGAUUAUCGCAGCUUCGGCAGCUUGCUGAUGAGCGUCGUCGUAAUUUCAAUAAUGAUGGUGAUUUGAAAGAAAGAUUAUCGCAGCUUCGGCAGCUUGCUGAUGAGCGUCGUCGUAAUUUCAAUAAUGAUGGUGAUUGGAAAGAAAGAUUAUCGCAGCUUGCUGAUGAGCGUCGUCGUAAUUUCAAUAGUGAUGGUGAUUGGAAAGAAAGAUUAUCGCAGCUUGCUGAGGAGCGUCGUCGUAGUUUCAACAGUCGCGUUAAAAGGUCUCAGUAA